AUGGGCCUCGUGGAACAACAGGAUGCUUUCUAUAAGUCAGGCGCUUGGGAGCAGGAAGGCGAUGGCCUGUGGGAGGCUUUCCUGAAGAUUAUGGGAUUCGAGAGGGACAAGGUCGUCCGCUACAGUACCUCGACCAUGAAGGCGAUCUCGCAAUUCAGCGGGUUUUUCGUCACCACCCUUGCGAUCUUCCUCGUGGACAGCCACAAGAGUCUCUCGCCUGUCGCAAGCGCCCAAACAUCGGACGCCGCUCUCACGAAUGCGCUCUUAGCACAGAUGAUGCGGUUGCAGUCAUCAAGUGUGGUGCCGAUGACAGCGGCCGACAUAGAACCCUUCCGGCCGACCAAAACCGCCGUCGUCGUCAAUACGCUCUGGUACCUCAGCCUCAUCAUCACUCUCCUGGGUGCUGUGCUGGCUAUGAUGGUUCAAGACUGGCUCAAAGACUCCCUGCCCACGGUACAGGACGAUCGUCCAUUGCUUGCGACUAUCCAGCAACAUUCCCUCAAUCGACUGCGCUCGUAUACGGCGCUUGAGCGUUAUGGCGUAGACCGUCUCGCAACAUGCGUCGUCGGUCUCAUUCAUUCCGCCGUGGUCCUCUUCCUUGUAGGACUCUCUCUAUACGUAUUCCCGCUCCAUUCGACUCCCGGCCUCGCUGUUGCCGUAGCAUCCGGACUAGGCGCGCUCCUCUACACGAUGGCCAGCGUGGCCCCAUUAAUCGACCGGAUGGGCCCUUAUUACACUCCGUUGAGUCGUAUCUUGGCCCCGGUCCUCUACAGCGUGGUGACGUUUGGAGCGUGUACAUUCAUGUAUCUCGUGGUCAUCAAGCUGGCAGUGGGCAGUUGGAUACGCAGGAAGCGCGUCAUCCUCGAAGAUAUCGAUCCCCGAUAUACCUUUGCAUUCAUGAAGUUCCCGACCGAGUCGGUGCAGACUUCAUUGUUCCCGAUGUGUCGGGCGCUCCAUUCGACGGAGAGGCGGGAAAGAAUCCUUGCGUUGCUUCAAGACCCUCCGGAAGUACGACCGAACAUCGCCGGACAAACGCUCACGUUUCUGGCGACGCGUACACAGGCAUACUGGGAGGAGCACCCGGACGGCCUGCGAUACAUGGCCCGUUGCUUGCUCAGCAUGGAGAGACAGGGCGAUUGCGAGUUCUUCGUCUAUCUCAGACAAAGUAGCUUCGUCAUGAGCAGGCUCGUGAUCGUCCUGCAAGACAUCGACUCUGUCCUCGCCGCCGUAGGCGCCAUCCGAUCUUUGCAGAUUCUUCUGUGGGCUGAGAGGGGGCUCUCGGUCGAAAGAUUGCCUGUGCACAUGGACGACCAAUGGAGGAAUAUGGGACCCAUUCUCGAUGCGUUCCCAGCGUUCGCAAAACAAGUGGGCGAGAGGGUUGGCGAGGCUGAGCGGGAAAAGGAUAUCAUGCUACAUGCCGCGCUAGCAAGCUUUCGUUGGACAUUGAUCCGGAGUUUGAGUGCCAUUCAAGCUCAAGGACGUUCUUAUACCUCCGAUCAACGGGGGUUCGUCACGAAGACCAACCUACAUUCAAUGCUUAUCACCCUCGACAGCAUCGAGAGUCUGCGCAUGCGGGCAGUGUUCCGCACUGCCGGCCAUCUACCACUGGAGACACUCCUUCAAGACUCUUCCAAGGACCAUUCAUUGGAACUCUCAGCCCGUAACGCGUUCACACUUUUGGACGCUGUACGACGCUGCGAUUGGCGCGGUGACGAUUGGAAAAGACCCGAUCGUCACUACAUUCGCAAGGGCAUGCCGGGAUUGUGGGAAUGGCAUCGACUAUAUGGAUGCAGCCAUUCUGGACCUAAACUUGCAGCCUCGGAAGGCUUGUGCGAACUGAUGAACCAAGACCGCGUAAGAGCAUCGAUGCAGGGCGAUUCGCCCGCGACGGUCCAGGACGAUAUACGACUCGACCCAGUGGCCGUACACGCGCUGCGCGACCUUGCGAGCAUCGUAGACGCCCAAUCGUUGUUACCCGCGCCAAUGGCAGUAGCUCCUGCCGAGUAUGAGAUUGAAAGUGCAGGAGACGUCGACUCUACUGCGAUGGUCCAGGAGGAUUUGCGACUUGAUCCAGUUGCGGUGCACGCGCCGACUCGGAGUGACCUCGCGAACGUCGUGGAUUCUCAAUCGCUGGAAUCCGCGCCACUGGCUGUAGCCCUAGCCGAGCAUGAGAUCAAGAACGCGAAACCCCUAGACCUGCUCACGUCGUCGGAGCCUAGCGAAGAUAGUGAAUCCUGGCAUACGGUUUCAUACGACGCCUGA